AUGGGUCUUGAGCUCCAGAAGGGUGAGUCUAGUAUUGAGCUCAAUCAGACGGACCUGCAAGCUGAUGAGCAAGACUUCAAGAUUGACCAGGCCGACUUCUCGCAGCUCAAGUCCCCUGCCUGGCUGGAGCAUCAACCUUUCGGCCAGCUCCCGUAUCUCGUCGACACCGAAACCGGCGUCGAGAUCUUUGAGACGCGAGCCAUGAUCCGAUAUGUUGCCAGUCGAGUCAAGUCACCCCUCCAACCUACUGCUGACGGGGACUUGGCCGCCUACGCCCGAUACGAGCAAGCUGCGCAGAACGAAGUUACCCAAUUCAUGGGUCCGACGGACGCUAUGGCGCAUGAGAUAGGCUCAAUCCACGCGGAUAUUGCCACAAACGAGCUCAUCCGCAAGCAGAAAGCGGUCCUUGCCAAGAAACUCGAGGGGUAUGAGCGUAUCUUGUCCAAGCAUAAUUACCUCGAUGGUGAUGUCUUGACUCUGGCUGAUCUGGCUCACCUCCCGUAUGGUGCGAUCGCUGCUAAGGUGAAUGGGUCGCUCCCAAAUGUCGCGCGGUGGUGGAAGGAGCUCGAGUCGCAUCCUGCUUGGCUCAAUACCAAGGACCUUGGUCACAGUAGCUAG